ACCCCCGGGAGCGCGGGGCGGAGCCAGGCCAGCGCCUAGGCAUCGCGCCGCGGCGCUGGCUGCGAAGUUGAGCUAAAAGUUUAAGGCCGGAGGGAGCUAGGCGGGGGAGUCCGCUCCAGCGGGGCGCUCCAGUCCCUCAGACGUGGGCUGAGCUUGGGACGAGCUGCGUUCCGCCCCGGGCCACUGUAGGGAACGGCAGUGGAGCUUCCCCAGCAAACCGGACCGACUGGGUAGGGCCGGCCACCCUCCCUUCGCGCCGCUCGUGGCUCCUGUGCGUCCCGCCCUCACGGGGCCCCGGGGAACUGGGCCACUCGUCGCUUGGGCGAGAGCAGGCGGCAGCUGGUGGCCCGGCUCGGGCUCGGCACUCGGGCGACCCAGGAGCGACUCCCCCAAGCGCUGCGCGCGUCCCAACGGAGCGGGGCGGCGGGAGGCCCGCGUCGCGGCUCCCACCGCUCUGGAGCUCCGGGCACGGGACGCAGCAUCCCGGCUGGCUGAGGCGGGGAUCCUCGCCCAGAACUUCUUGCCGGGCAAUGUCCGCUCAAGUUCUGGGAUUUUUACGCAGCUGGGCUCCCCCUCCCCCUGGCAGCAGCCCCGAGGGAUCCAGCCGCCGCGGGGUAUGACGCCGGUGCUCCCACAGCCCUGGCUCCGGGCGGGGAGGGCGAGCCCCACAGCCGGCCCUGCGACGCCCGCCUGGGCAGCACCGAUAAGGAGCUGAAGGCAGGAGCCACCGCCACGGGCAGCACCCCGACAGCGCCGGGGACCCCCUGGCAGCAGGAGCCGCGGGUUAUGGAUCCAGGUUUGUGGGGGCCCUGCUGGGACGGGCUGUAGGGGGAUUCCUCUUCCGCGCCAGGAAUGAUGGAACGCCCAGCUGGACGAAGGGGGCUGUGGACGCCCGGGAGAAACACUGCCCCUCACGAGGCCAGAAGCCGGCCGAGUCCGAGCCAAGGAAGGAGACGGCAAGGGCCCCGCGUCCCCACCCCAGGGCUCCCCGCGGAGGCCGCUCCUGUCGUUACCCGUGGCCCCCUAGUGGCCGGUUGCGGACGCAGCCUCUUCGGCUCUGUUUUUUCAGCGGGCGGCCCCCGGGUCCUGCUCCCGCGGCCGUGCCGCGUGCUGGUGCUGCUGAACCCGCGCGGGGGCAAGGGCAAGGCCCUGCAGCUCUUCCGGAGUCACGUGCAGCCCCUUCUGGCUGAGGCUGAAGUCUCCUUCACGCUGAUGCUCACUGAGCGGCGGAACCAUGCGCGGGAGCUGGUGCGGUCGGAGGAGCUGGGCCGCUGGGACGCUCUGGUGGUCAUGUCUGGAGACGGGCUGAUGCACGAGGUGGUGAACGGGCUCAUGGAGCGGCCUGACUGGGAGGCCGCCAUUCGGAAGCCCCUGUGCAGCCUCCCAGCAGGCUCUGGCAACGCGCUGGCAGCUUCCUUGAACCAUUAUGCUGGCUAUGAGCAGGUUACUAAUGAAGACCUCCUGACCAACUGCACGCUGCUGCUGUGCAGCCGGCUACUGUCGCCCAUGAACCUGCUGUCACUGCACACGGCUUCAGGGCUGCGCCUCUUCUCUGUGCUCAGCCUGGCCUGGGGCUUCAUUGCUGAUGUGGACCUAGAAAGUGAAAAGUAUCGGCGCUUGGGGGAGAUGCGUUUCACUCUGGGCACCUUCCUGCGCCUGGCAGCCCUGCGCACCUACCACGGCCGACUGUCCUACCUCCCUGUAGGAAGAACCGAUGCCAAGACACCCGCCUCCCCCAUUGUAGUCCAGCAGGGCCCGGUAGAUGCACAUCUUGUGCCACUGGAGGAGCCAGUGCCCUCUCACUGGACGGUGGUGCCCGACCAGGACUUUGUGCUGGUGCUGGCACUGCUGCACUCGCACCUGGGCAGCGAGAUGUUUGCGGCACCCAUGGGCCGCUGUGCCGCCGGUGUCAUGCAUCUGUUCUACGUGCGGGCAGGUGUGUCUCGGGCUAUGCUGCUGCGCCUCUUCCUGGCCAUGGAGAAGGGCAGACAUAUGGAGUAUGAAUGCCCCUACUUGGUAUACAUGCCUGUGGUCGCCUUCCGCCUGGAGCCCAAGGAUGGGAGGGGUGUGUUUGCAGUGGAUGGUGAAUUGAUGGUCAGUGAGGCUGUGCAGGGCCAGGUGCACCCGAACUACUUCUGGAUGGUCAGCGGUUGUGUGGAGCCCCCGCCCAGCCAGAAGCCCCAGCAGACACCACCUCCAGAAGAGCCCUUAUGACCCCUGGGCCGAGCUGUGCCUUAGUGUCUACUUGUAGGACCCUUCCUCCUUCCCCAGGGCUGUAGGGCAUGGCCACAGCUCCUGUGGGGUGAAAGGACUCCUCCGGAGAAGGGGGAGAAGGUGCAGGCUGUGCUUUGGGAGGACAGGCCAGAACAAGGUCCUGGGUCAGAAGCCCAGCUGGCUGGGCCCAGCUGCCUGUGUAAGGCCCUCCAAUUUGUUCUAAGACCCUCACCCCAUGAAUCAAAUCCAAAUAAAGUGAUGUUCCCAGCCUG